UCUGUUUUCUCUCCUUUAGCCUCUGUUCCAGCGACAAUUGCACAUGCACCCAGCUCGAUCAUCCGCCGGACUCUUGACGACCUCUGCAUAACGACCUUAACGCUGUUAAUAUCUAAGCCCUUUCCCCUCUCUCGAGAAACCCCUGGACCGCUGACUGCAACACUACUAUCGGGCUCGCUUCCCCUUCGAAUACAUUGCGAACAAUCUCGGAGCUUGGAGCGGAUGAGGAACAGCCUCCUCGUCCCCAGGUCAACAUGUACAAAUGACACCGAUGCAGGAUGCCACAAGCCGACGGCUACCCCUACACUACCCAUUGUGCUCGCCGUAGUAAUUCCAAUCGUAAUCGCCAUAGUCGUUCUUAUCUUUCUUCACCGCCGGCAUUUGAGGAAGCUAAAAGAAGAAGAUGCCAAGGACCCACACAAGUCUCUUGAUUUCGGCAUGGAUCCCGCAUUUGGGCCGCGCGGGAAGAAGGGCAAGGGACCGCCGGGGGGGCCUGAGAUGUCGACGCUUGAUACUGAGAAGGAGCUGCGGCGGGGAAAGGGAAUGUCGAUGGAUAUUGGAAGCCCGUACAUCUUACCUGCUGGCUUGCAAGGCUCACGGGAAUCUUUCCACUCAAUGUCGCGAUCGAUGCAUGACCCCGAUGACCCGUACCGACCGGUGACCUUCAUCAAGGGGGAUGGAUCGAGUAUCCGGAGCGGAAGCCGAACCGGUGGAUACCGACAAGAUAAUGGAUCGGUGUAUACGAGCUCCAGUGGUGGAACUUCCAGUCAGCAUCGGAUGAAGGAUGGCCUGCUGAGCAACGCACAGAGGAUGUCUCAGUCUUUCCCAAUCCGUGGAGAGUCUAUGUCACCCGAGAACAGGCACCAUCCGGAGAUCAAGUUCCCAGAGGCUACAGCUACAGCGCGCAGUCCACUUGGCCCAGGAACCAAAUCGCCUCCUCCGCCUCCACCUCCACCAGCACCUUUGCAGCCGCAAAGCCACGGAGCACCAGCCCCAGACCCCCAGCCCCAGUACACUGCUUUCAAGCCAAUGAGCCCUCCACCACCACCACCAGUGCCCCUUGCAAAAGCUCUGCCCCCGACAGAGGAGCAGAAAGUACCAGCUCAGUUGCCCCGUAUCCAGUCGCAAGCGGCUGUUGUCCAGAGUAGUUCCAACACGGCUAGCUUCAUGAGCGACUCGAGCUACGGAGAUGGCUUCAAAGUCACCCCCCCAUCCCCACCGCGUCAACAGCCUCGGAUCGUAGAGCCACAGCCUACCCGUGGUCGGUCUCCAGAACCAAGGAAGCCGAUGAAUGAUCCAUAUGAGAAUGCUGGUCUAGGACUGAGUGAUUUAGGUUAUGACCCUCGCCGAUUGUCUAUGAGCGUCCGCCCGCUCCCGCCAGAUGACCCUACCGACAACCCGGAGCAGCGAGCGAACCGUAUUCGAUCUUUCUACAAGGAAUACUUCGAUGAUUCCAAACCUGAGCCCGCAGGCGGCCACAGCUAUACUGACUAUUACGAGGACUAUGGAUCGGAGUACCUCGAUGGUGCCAUCUUCGAUCCAGACACAGGUGCUUUCGUCGUUGCUCAGCCUGCGGCUCCGUUUGCUCAGCCCGUAACCCGCCGGGCUAUGACUCCUCCACCUCGAGCUCCACCUCGAUUCCAGAGCGGUGGUCCCCGGGGUGGACACUUGUCUAAUGGCUCGACUGCGUCUUCGGGACGAUUUAUGCCACCCCCAAGAGGCAUGUCUUCAAUGAGCGGACGGUUACCACAGCCCAGGAAACCAUUGCCUCCACCCAGUACCCUCGCUUCACUUCCCACGCCGCACAUGCUCAAGGACGACUCUAUGAUCUUCAAUGCCACCGAUUUUGCACCCCCGGUCUCGUUCCGAGAGAGGCAAUUGGGUAGGAGGCCAGACAGCCCGCUGGGAACUCCCAGGCCGUAUAGCCCGGCGGUGAGACCGCAUACGCCGCUCGCCAGUGCUUACGAUGACCUGGCCGUUAUGCCGAGCCCACACAUGCUUCGCAAAUCGGGCACCUUUACUGCCCUUGAUUUUGCCCCGCCUCCUCGUUUCCGUGAUCCAGGCUCGAAUGCUUCUGACGCUGGGUCUAUCCGUUCGAACCGCUCAGGUAUGUCUGCCGCAGGUAGAUUCGCUGUCCGCAACGGAGCAAAUCGUGUCAGCAAGAUACCAAAAGGGGUCGUUGGCACGAGGGAUGACAUUGUCAACACGCUGAGGCCGCAGAUGAGCAUGGUUGCGCCGGCCUGAAGCGUUCUUUUUUUCCUCGACAAACGCAAUGACCGAAG